UCUAUUUUGUCAAAAUGCGUUUGCAGAGCAACAAGGUUGCCCUCCUGAGUUGGAGGAGACUGCAAAGAAGAUAGUUGCACGGUGCAAAGGACUUCCCCUAGCAAUUAUUGUUGUCGGAGGCCAUCUCAGGAAGUCCCCAGCGGAUCUAGACUACUGGGAGAAUGUUGCACAAUCAAUUUUGUAUACUUCAGGGAUUGAUGAGCAAUGCUUGAAUGUAUUAUCUUUGAGUUAUCGGUACUUGCCUGCUCAUCUAAAGCCAUGUUUCCUACUCCUUGGAGCAUUUCCAGAAGAUGAAGCGAUUUACGGGCAGGUUGUUCUUAAACUUUGGAUCGCUGAAGGAUGUAUAGAACAUUUUGAUAAUCGCAUAUUGGAAGAGGUUGCAGCGGAUUAUUUAUGGGAUCUUCAUAUGAGAAAUCUCAUAUUAAUGGAUAGCUUGGACCAUAAGAGAGACUUAUAUAUAUUUAGAGUACAUGAUAUAGUAAGAGAAUUGUGCCUACAAACUGCCAAGAAAGAGGAGUUUUUAUCAGUGGUUGAAACUUCACGAAGCAUAAUUAGGGAGCAUCGGGUAUUAUCCAGUGGAAAGGUGAAUCGUGAAACAAUAACCACGGAUGCCCCAGUCCGUUGUCUGAUAUGCAAUGGAGGUCGUCACGGUAUAAACAAGCUGAAUGACUUGAAAUUGUUGAAAACGUUGAGUAACGUUGCUACGACAUUCAUAAGUGAGUCUAUUUUUCAGCAAGUAAACUUGAGGGUAUCUUAAUGUGAGUCUUGUUUAUAUCCCUCGCCGGAUUCUUUAUUAUCUUCCCUCGUCAAUAUCAUUGCUUUGGAAUCUGCAAAUAUUAACAAUUUAUGUACCAAAUCAAUCAAAAGUAAUUGCACCUUAUGUGAUUUGGGAGAUGCUACAGCUUAGGCAGAUUGAGGUCGACAUGAUUUGUCUCAUUGAUCCUCUUCCUGUGGAUGAAGCAAAUCGCAUGGUUAUGAGAAAUCUAAACACACUUUCGAAAGUGGAGAAUUUCAGGCUUAGUGAAGAGGUUUGCAAGAGAAUCCCCAAUGUGAGACAACUAGAGUUAUCCUAUUGUGAUGAAGUAAGUUGGUAUUAUUGUCCCCACAAUCUUGUCUGCUUCCAUCAGCUGCAAAACCUAGCAUUGGCGUUCGAUGGCAAUUCCAAGUGGUGUGAGUUUGCUACGAGCCUCACUUUCCCAAGUUCUCUUCGGGUGCUGCUUUUAAUUAAUUGUGGUGUCGAUUGGGAAGAGUUGACAAUGAUGGUUGGAUCAUUGCCUAAUCUUGAAAAGCUUUCACUGAUUCAAAAUUCAGUCAUUGGAUCUGUUUGGACGCCUGUUGAGGGCAAAUUCUGUCACUUGAAAACCUUGAUUAUUGAUCGUUGUGGUGAUUUAGUUUGUUGGAAUGCUGACAGCUCCCAUUUUCCAGUCCUAGAAUAUCUUCGUCUAGAAGAUUUGUGUAAAUUGAUUGAGCUCCCUUCAGGAAUAGGAGAAAUAGCAACGCUCGAACAUAUUUAUUUGAGAUGUUGCAGCGCAUCUUCGAGCAUUUCCGCAAUGAGAAGAUUGGCGGAACAAGAGGAGCUUGGUAAUGAGAGCCUUCGACUUACUGUAUAUUUUCGUGGUGACGAGGAAACAAUGGAGAGCUUUAAGAACGAGGUUCACGAAGAGGGUCUGACCAGCAGUACUAAUCUGUCACUGCAUCUCCUCAGUUGCUAAUAACAUCCAUUCAUCUGCUCCUUGCAUCUCAAGGUUAUUUGAGUCAUAUUUUAUUUCGGGAUGUGCAUAGGACCGGUGCUCUUCAAUCUGAAGUAAUAUUAUGGUGGCCAUGGAGCAUGGAAGAAAAGCAAA